AAAUUAGGGUUUCUCUCUCUCGAACUUAAACAAGGUCGCGCCUUCUGCAGUUUCAGCUCAUCUCUCUUACCUGUAUCUCUCGCCGUCGUCAACAUGGGUAAGACACGUGGUAUGGGAGCUGGGCGCAAGCUUAAGAGGCUUCGGAUUAACCAGAGGUGGGCAGACAAGAGUUACAAGAAGUCUCACCAAGGUAACGAGUGGAAGAAGCCUUUUGCUGGAUCAUCUCACGCUAAAGGAAUCGUCCUUGAGAAGAUUGGUAUUGAGGCUAAGCAGCCUAACUCUGCCAUCCGUAAGUGUGCUAGAGUUCAGUUGAUCAAGAACGGCAAAAAGAUUGCUGCUUUUGUCCCCAAUGAUGGUUGUUUGAACUACAUUGAAGAAAAUGACGAGGUGUUGAUUGCUGGAUUUGGGCGUAAAGGUCAUGCUGUUGGAGAUAUUCCCGGAGUUAGGUUUAAGGUGGUGAAGGUUUCUGGUGUCUCACUUUUGGCGCUUUUCAAGGAAAAGAAGGAGAAGCCUAGGUCUUAAGCUCUACUACUUUUGAUGCUUUCUUGUUGAUGGAUUUUUUAAAUAUUUAAAGACAUGCCCAUGUUCUACUUAAAGAUUCAGAGGAGUUGAGUUUAUCUUGUUUUUGUUUUAA